CGUCUCCCUCCCAAUACAUCCCGUUCGAACAGAUAGCGCGAAUUUCCUGUACACAAAAUGUCUGACUCGGAAACUACGCCUGGUCUGAACGCGCUGCACAACCUAUAUGCAAUUCUUCUUGCUGCCCCGUCGCCUGCCAAUGUGCAUAUCACCCUGGUUGACCGCCGCGAUGGCUUCGUCCACUUCAUCGGCAUUACCCGUGGACUGACCGAGCCCGACUUUGGCAAGAAGCUGUGGGUUCCGUACUCGCAGGUUCCGUGGUUCUCACACCCCCAGAUCACAGUCAAGCAAGCAGCUGUUUCUCAAAUCACGGCCAAGGCGGUCCACCUGGCUGACGGCUCGGAGCUGAGCUUUGACUAUCUGAUCAUUGCACUAGGCCAGAGCCGCUUUGCCCCUAUUGGCGUUGCAUCGACAACGCACCGGGAGUUUGUUGCAGAGAUCGCCGAGGCACACGAGAAUAUCAAGAAGGCAGACAGCGUCGUUGUUGUCGGUGGCGGAGCUGUCGGUAUUGAGAUGGCUGCCGAUGUAAAGGCGGAUUUCCCCGACAAGCAUGUUAGCCUGGUCCACUCGCGGGUGCUUCCAAUCCCCGGGCCGUUCAAGGACGAGUUCCGCAAGGAAGUUGUCCGGAUCCUCGAAGAGGAUAUCGGCGUCAACCUUCCGCAAUCCAGGGAGGUUGGGACAGCCGAAACGACCAGUUCGGCUUUUGCGAACACGCCGGUGACACUGACCAGUGGAAAGGUCCUGCCGGCCGACUGGGCCAUAUUUUGCCUUGGCACACAGUCAAAACUGCCACUCAUCAGCCUCGACGCCUCCGUGCUGACACCCAAUGGAAUCGCUGUCAAGCCCACUCUGCAGGUGGACCACAGUGAUCUGGGCCACAUCUUCGCUGUCGGGGACAUCUGCGCGCGCGACGAGGUCAAGCUGGCUGGUGUGGCCAUGUACGGGGCGUACAUUGCGGCCCGUAAUAUCGCACGGUCCGUUUUGGGCAUGGGUGCCUAUGAAGAGUCGGAGGAGAAUCCGUCCAAGCUGCUCCUGCUGAUGGGCAAGGACCACUGGGCGUUCCAGAUGGGAGAUGAAAUCUGGGACCGGGAGCGCACGCAGCAAUACGUCUACCAGGAUAUGGGGCCUGGAGGUGUGCAUCGGCGCCCUCUCGCUUCGCACCACGCCGGAGUACUCCCCGCUCGAAGUACAUUCGGACAUCUUCGGGGGCAAGCAAUAGCCAGGAUUUGCCACAGUGGGAAAUCUGAGACACCACUUAGAAAUUGCCUAAUCUGA